UGCAAAUUCAACAAAUUUCGGCCAUUAAAGUUACUAUAAACCCUCUCUGCCCGCUCUAAACCCUCGGCAGUAAGAUCCACAUUUUGGAGCUGUAAUUGGCGAUUCGGAGCCAAAUGGCAUCGUUUUUCAGAAGGUUGGCAAGGGCGACGCCGAUCGCUUUCGGAGCCCAGACGAAGUCCGUCUCUCGCCUAAGAUUGGGAGCUGGUGCGGCAAUUUCUGCUGGAGUCUCCUCUUAUUACCUUUUAUCCUCGACAGAUGUGGCCUAUUUAGAUCAACUCAGUGAAGAUGCCGCACCAAAAGUUGCCCUAAAUCCUGAUAAAUGGCUCAAAUUCAAGCUGCAAGAGAAAGCACAGGCCAGCCACAAUUCUCAGCUAUUUAGGUUUUCAUUCGAUCCGGAUGUAAAACUAGGUCUCGAUGUUGCAUCCUGCCUUAUUACAAGGGCUCCAACCGGACAGGAUCCUGAAGGGAAAACCAAAUAUGUGAUUCGCCCUUACACACCUAUAUCAGAUCCAAAUUCUAAAGGAUACUUUGAUUUGUUAAUUAAGGUGUAUCCUGAAGGAAAAAUGAGUCAACAUUUUGCUAGCUUGAAGCCUGGAGAUGAAGUAGAAGUUAAAGGGCCCAUUCAGAAAUUAAGAUACAAUCCAAAUAUGAAGAAACAUAUUGGCAUGAUUGCAGGUGGAACUGGAAUUACUCCAAUGCUCCAGGUAAUAGACGCCAUCGUUAAGAACCCGGAUGAUAAUACCCAGGUCUCACUGCUCUAUGCUAAUGUGUCCCCUGAUGACAUUCUUCUCAAAAAGAAGCUCGACAUGCUUGCUUCCAGCAACCCUAACUUGAAGGUAUUCUACACCGUUGAUCAUCCUACAGAGGAUUGGCUAGGAGGUAAAGGAUACAUAUCAAAGGAAAUGGUAGUUAAAGGCUUACCUAGCCCCAGUUAUGAUACACUCAUUCUUGUCUGCGGUCCUCCGGGGAUGAUGCAACACAUAUCAGGCGACAAGGCAAAGGAUUAUUCUCAAGGAGAGCUGACGGGCGUACUCAAGGAGCUCGGAUACACCGAAGAAAUGGUUUACAAAUUCUAACUUUUGAAUUCAAUGAGGGUAAACUGCACAAUAAAUGGGAUUUUGCUCAGUCAUACCAACAUGGCAAUGGAGCAAUUUCUCUGUGCUCAAACCACAAAUUUAAACAUAUGAUGACAAAUGCUGUAUGUGCUUUGUCUGCCUGGCUGGGGCAUCUCCCUUUCUCUUCUGUUUAGUCAAUUUUGAAAUGAAUAAAAUACAAAUGGGGCCAACGCCCAGGUUUAUAUUA